GAGGGUUGUUGGUUUGAUGUGGUUGCGAAGACUCGUCUAUCGCCACGGGAAAACAAACGCGGCCUGACUGAACAUGCCGUGCUGAGCGAAAGGCCGGAUUAUUAUGCAGAGCAGCGCCUGCAUGACGUGUUUUCCCAAAUAUUCACGUUUUUUAGUGGCUUUUCAGUCGCCUACAGGUUAGAGAACAACGCUUCCGCGGAAGGCGAAAGAGCAGCGAGAUGGGAAACGUGAUACUGAUGGCGCUUCUGCUGGUUCACCUGCCAACAGAGCUGCUGUCCAUCCAGGUGAUUGUUCCAGAAGCAGAGAGGAGUACAACCCUGUUCGCCUCUGUGAUUCUGCGCUGUGACUAUUCAACCUCUGCAAACCCUCAGGAUGUCCUGGUCACCUGGAGAUACAAGUCCUUCUGUAAAGACCCAGUGCUGGAGUACUACUCCACAGCUUUUCAGGCUGCUCUGCAGCUGGGUCAGGACCCCUCCAAUGACUGCCCAGAUCGCCAGCGCACAGUCCGCACAGUGAUCCAGAAGAGAGGCCUUAAUGAGCCCAUGCUGGGUGUAGACUACAGAAACCGCAGGAUUACCAUUCAAAACAAGGCCGACCUGGUCAUCAAUGAGAUUAUGUGGUGGGAUAACGGUGUGUAUUUCUGCACCAUCGAUGCUGCUGGUGACACGACGGGAGACUCAGAUCGCGAGAUCAAACUCAUCGUGUACCACUGGCUGACAGUCCUGCUGAUCAUCAUCGGUGCCCUCCUGCUCAUCAUGCUUUUCUGCAUAUGCUGCUGUCAGUGCUGCCCGCAGAAGUGCUGCUGCUACGUCCGCUGCCCGUGUUGUCCGCAGACCUGCUGCUGCCCGGAAAAAGCUGUGAUGCAGCACAGGAUGCUGCGAGAGGCUCAGAAGGCUAUGGUUCCAUGGAUGAAUGGCCAACCCAUUUACGCUCCCAUCAGCUCCAAUGCCUCCUCCCAGGGCGUCCCCAUACUGUAUUCAGGCUCAUACUCAGACUAUCCUGCCAAACAAAACUUUGCCAUGGCUCCCAUGCAGCUGUCCCCCAUGGCCCUGCAGCAGCAGCCCCCCCCUCCUCCUCCACACCAUGUGAAUGGGAGUGCACAAGGCAGCUUUCAAGGUGCCAACCAGGUGUUGGACUUCCUGGAGAACCAGGUGAGGGGGCUGGAUUUGGGGCCACCUCAAAUGGCUCCGUACACAGUACAGAAUAUGCACCCAUUACAGCCUCAUCCUCAGAUACAGCCCCAGCCGGCUCCUCCAGCUGUUCCCUUCACACCCGGGCCUCCAAGUAUGUUGUCAGCCCUGGAUGAGAUGGGGGUGAGAGGGAUGGAGAGAAGAGUGAUCACCUUGCCUCCCAUAAUCCAACGUGUACCCAGCUUUUCCUCUCGAAGGGGGCCUGGACGUGGCGAUGGAGCUCGGGGUGGCCCCAGAAUGACUAGUCAGUCCAGUGGGAGUACAAAUCGCUCUGGAGGAGGUUCCCACCUCGACAGUCGUGGCUACAGAGACAGAGACGUCUCUUCUCCAAGGCGGGGGAUCCUACGCGAUUACAGCGAUGACUCAGAUUGGGAAAACAGGCGAGGAAGAGCGCCGCAAAGGGGUUCGAGAAAUCAGAGAGGAGAUUCAGCCAGGAGGAGAGGAGGUGGGUCCAGACCGCGAACCCGAAGUCGUGAUGACCUGAUGGAGGAGGUGUACAGAAAAGCGGUUCGGAGGGAGAGGAGCUAUUCACCUCCUCAGCGCCACAAAGGGUCCUGGAGCUCCGAUGAAGAUGACAGCAGGAGACAAAAAGGCGGAAAAGGGAAGGAAUGGCCAGAGAAGCCCCCCAGCUACUUCUCCAUUGAGACUGGGCCUGAACACAGCAACGACCGGAGGAACUAUAACCGCCUUUCUGAUAGAAGCUCCCGUAGCGGCACCAGCGUAGUCAUCUAAAGCAUUUCCAUCUAUUUUGACCUUUUUCUAAAUGUUUCCAGAACGGUGAAAAUGAAGACAAACAGUAGGUACCUUAAUCUGUUCAUUCAGUGUGCAAGGACGUAGUUUUUGUUUUGUUGUAGUGAGUCGUGAAAAUGUAUUGUAUGGCUUAGGGAUGUCAUGAUAAGAGAAAUUUGGUAGUCUGUACCGAAACCACUGAAAUUCCACAAUUUUCAACACCAAAUUCACUACCACAGCAUGCACACGCCUUCGUUUAGUCAGAGUGCAAGCCAUAGUUUAAAUUAUCUAACAUUGUUAAAUAUUCAUUUAAAAAGUCAUCAUUAUAUUUUUACAGACCGAUUGACAGUAGCCUACUAACAUUGUGAGCACCCAGAUCAUUAUGAGCUAUGGCUAUGUCAGCCUGAACAAGAAAACAUUAGCCUUCAUGAACACUGUGCGUGGAGCACUACUACAACAGAUGCCAGCUGCCACAGUUCACAAACAAUAGCAAUAUCAUUUCAGUAAAUUAACAUUUUGACCAUGUGUUGUUAAUAACUGCAUCUUAAUCACCCUAAAUCCUGUCUGCCUGUCUUUGAGGUGCUCAGAUAAAUUUGAGGUGUUUCCUCCUCUCACUCAAAAUUCUCUGAAACACUACUGAGCAUACACUGUUUGUGGGCAGGCUUUUGGUUGUCUAAACUUGAGGCGGACCAUCUGGGACAAAUGCUGCAUUUACACUCGCUGCCACCUUUCCACGUGGUGUUGUUACCAUAACUGCGUCUGUGUUCCUUCUGCAUCUUCCCUUUGCAUUUGACAUCACUUGUAGGGUUGUUAGCUGCCCUCAUCCGUCCCAAAAGAAUCGCCAUCUCCAGUACCUGCGAUAUCUGCUGUUGCUAUGGUACUGUAGAAAAACAAGUACCAUCAAAGUAUGGUACAGAGCAUUGGUUCUCAUGACAUCCCUGCAAUGGUUAAACGUUUACUCUGUAUGCACUGUAUGUAAUUGCGACAAAACUAUAAUUUUUAGAUAUGAAGUAAAAUGGUUCAGCUGCGGCUGUAAAUUGAAGAUAACAUGCAGCUAUACUUGGACUCUUGUUAUUGAGAUAAUUACUGUGUGUGAUUAAAUGUAAUUUGUGUGUUCUCUUUCUGGUGAUGGAUAGAAACAUCAUUCUUUUGAUCUUGUGAAGUAGACAUUUAACAGUUUCACCAAGCAGAUUGUUUGAUGAUAUGAGAUUUUGUUGGCUGUUUAGGUUUGUCAUUGUGUGUGUAUGUUAUGUGUGUUUUUGCAGAUAGGUACUGUGUAUAUGCAUUUUUUUUUAUAAUUUCUUUUUUUUGAAUAAUUUCUUGUGUCUUUUUUAUGUUUUAUAUCUAUUGUAACAUUAUUAAACUGUAACAGCAAAGGAAAGUAUGCUACAUGAAUAUUUGUAGAAAGAUGGACAGAGUUAGUGGACACUUAGGAAGCUCUUGCUGUUAGUAUUGAAUGAAAACAAAAAUAUAAUUUAGAUUUUCCUUUAUCUUUGCUUUUGUUACAAACAUGAAUGGAGAUGUACCGUCAAGAAACUUACGUUUUUAGUAAACUUUUUUUAGAUACAGCUAGUGUGGAGUGGGUCAUUUUAUACUCAGA